GAGGAGCGUAGCUAAUGUAAUGAAGAAUGUUGUUUCGUGAAAAGCUGACACUUUUAGUCUGUUGUUCAAUGGUUCUAGUUUCGGCACUAAAAAGCCAGUGCAAGGGUCCAAUAAGGUAUUACAAGGAGCUCAAAUGCAAGCCGAUCUACGCUGAGGAAGGGGACUGCUGUGCAGUAAGUUACGACUGCACGCAUUUGAAACGCAGAUCGGCCGACAAGUGCUACGUAGAUGGAUACAAAUUUAAAGUAGGCAAAGAACUACCCGAGUGGGUCGAGUCUGGACCAUGUGACGAAAAUUGUGUCUGCGUAAAGGGACCUGACGGCUAUGCUAUGAUAUCCUGUACAUCUCCUAGCUGUCCAAAUAUUAUUAAAGAGGGCUGUUUUUUCGUACCUAAAGUUGACAAGUGCUGUGGUGAGAUGGUUUGUCCCAACGAAGAAAGACGAAUGUGCGAGUUCUACGGAAUCACCUAUAAAUACGGAGAAAUGUUUAAGCCGAGUGAAGAUUACGCGUGCCAAUGUUUAGAGUCCAGAACUGGAUGGAACGUCCCAUUAAUGGAGAUGAUCUGCAGAAAGCUUAAUAAUUGUGGAGUCGAAGUACAUCGAUCGAUGGAAAUCCGCGAAAAUUGCCCACCUGUUUAUUUCGCCACUCGUCCACUGUACGAUUCCUGUGCUUUUGAUUACAGAUGCCAGAGUGAUUUUGAUUUCGUGACUCGCUGGUCCGGAGUGAUGGGAAGAUCCCGAAAAGCCUCUGAUAUGAAGUGCAAGUUUGGAAAUCUGACAUUGAACGUUGGUGAUGAGUUAAGCGAGGGAGUUGAUUACAGCUCCGAGCGCGUCAAGUGCGUGUGCGAAGUACCUCCAGUGCUUACGUGCAAGAAACGUCCUUACACUAAUUGAAUGUAUAAUAACAACCAUGAAAUAAUACCACGGAGUUCAAGAUCAAACUGCUUAUAUGAGGUCAACUAUCCGCUAUCCAGAAAGCUGUACUCAAGAGGUUGGCUCUCAGUUUGUAGCUAACCAGUCGAAAAGUACAAAGAAUGUUUAAAUCCUCUGCACAGCAGAGAACGUGAAUCUCCUCUGAUUUUUGUCAUUAAUAAUCAUUUCUUAGUUUCCGACACAAUAACUUUCAUGGAAUUAAUGUGAUAAUUUGGUGUAACUGUCUGAACAAUGACAUUUAACCGUGGGAAUAAUGAUUGUUACAAUCAUACCAACAAGUAAAACUAUGGAUGUUGGCAUCCACACAGCAACGUUUAAUUGGUAAAACUUCCAUAUGCAAACUAAUACGUAAGGAAUCCAAAAAAAGUUUUAACGAUAAAAAGCAGUGGGUGCGUUUGACUUUUUCAAAAUGUUUUUACAACUUCAUUACAACUUUCCCUUAAAAUACAGUGAAAUUUCGAAAACGUUUUUCAACGUCUUCCGAGCGUAGUGCGCUGAAAACAAAGUAAAGAAAAUUCUACUAAAAACUGAAAUUUUACUUGAACAAGUCACGUACGAGCAUAUGUGUUGGUUGUAACGGCGCCUACCUCAUCAACCAAUACUUCACACGUGAGCACGUACACUGAUGUACAUAUUUUCUUCAAUGUAAGCUCUGGAUGAACAUUGUCCUGUGUAAAACGGCACCCUAUAGCCCUAUAUAAAACCGGUAGUUACAUAUAAAAUUAUAAAUUAAAAAAAUGUCGCACUUUCCUACCAACGAUGCCGUAACUUUUACAAUUUAAAUAGUUGACAUUCCAUUUCCAACGCACAUGAAACUCACGAUCGAAUAACAAACAUUUAAAGUUGCUUUACAUCCCCCUUUGCAACUCUCGGUGUACAUGCAUUCACCAAGUCACACGUAUCACGUUAUAUAAAGUAAACAAAAGUACGUGAAACAGCCAAGUAAAGAGGAAUACUAUGUACUUCUUAAGUCGUUGCUCUCGGUUUCAUAUUGCAUCGGUAUCAUUGUCAAACAAAGUAUUCAAACCCUAUACACUGCAACUCUUUGUAUAAGAGUAAGUUUAUUUAACAAAGUUCCCCUGGUACUCGACGAAGUGACUGGGCAUUGGGUAAUGUUUGCAAUACAUCCCGUCGAGUUUGUUUGUUUGUUCCAGUAGAUGUAGCAUCAGAGCUUCGUGACAGUCUCGUGGACGAAACUUGUCUUUACUGGAUCUCCACGAGCAUAUCCAUCUCAGAAAUUCCUACGUUGUAAUCCUUCGGUAUUACUUUUUGUUCAGUUAACAAAUUUUCGUCCGCGUGAGAUUUAUACUUUUUUUUAUGAAGAACACAGCCUUGCAGUCGUGCCCUUUGAGCUUUUUGUUGCUGAAUCCAAAGCUUUUGUUAAAAUUAAGAUUGACAUAACUUCACUCGUGUCAGAACUGUGAACACGUAGUUUUCGAAGUGGUUUUUAUUGUUAUUAAAAAACAAAAAAACAAAAAACAAAUUCGGACUUUAUUUUCCAUUCCGAAGACAGUUUUGGCUUCAGCUACGGAAAACGCACAAGAGAUGAGCAGUAUGGUCCACCAUAGUCGAACUCCUUCGGUGGGUCUGGGUAAUGAAAUAAUCACGCUUACGUGAGCGAUAAACUGCAGAUGUAGCGUCACUCAAAAAAAAACAAAGGCUCGGAAUCUCCAUCCUUGGGUGCGACCUCGCACUAGUUCUGUUACCCUUCCGCCAUCGACGCGAGCUCUCA